AUGUCUACAAUGUCAUCAUGACGCCCAUGUCUAAUUCUAAUAAGCACCUUAGACCACACCCACCAUCGUCAACAUAGAGGGACCACCGGGGUCUGAGAACUUCUAAAGAAAAUCCAUAAACCCAUAGGAGAAGCAUCUGUUCAAGACACACUAUACUCUCAGAAGUCUUGCUGCAGACUGUAAAUAUGUCAGACUUGGUGCAGGAAGAUGAGCUACCAGCACCACACACAGGUCCCAAAGGAGUGAUCCACGACUGGAGGAAAUUUAAGCUAGAAAGUGAGGACCAUGAGAGCACGCCACAGAAGCGGAGAGAGCUCCUCAGACAGAUGUCCAAUCCCAAGGCUAAUACUGAUGAUAACAAUGAAAAAAUUAACCGCAAGAUGAGUGUUCAGGAGUAUGAGAUGAUCCAGGAGGAGGAUGAGCGAUGUCUGAGGAAAUACCGCAGGCAGUGCAUGCAGGAAAUGCAUGAGCGCUUGAGCUUCGGGCCCAAAUUCGACAGCGUCUUUGAGCUGGAAAGCAGUGAAGCCUUCCUCAAGACCAUCGAGAAUGAGCACCACCUCACGCUAAUCAUCGUGCAUAUCUAUGAUGAUGCUAUCAAAGGCUGUGAAGCUCUCAACAACUGCCUGAGCAGCUUGGCGGUCGAGUACUCCAGCGUGAAAUUUUGUCGAAUCCGGGCAUCUGCCACAGGUGCAGGAGAAAGAUUCACCGAUGAUGUCCUGCCCACUGUGCUGGUGUAUAAGGCUGGAGAAAUGCUGGGAAACUUCAUUUGUGUUACCAAGCAUCUCAAUGAGGAGUUCUUCACUAUUGAUGUGGAGAACUUCCUCAAUGAGUAUGGCUUGUUGCCAGAGAAAGAAUUCGCUGCCUGCCCUGAUGAUGAUGAAGAGCUAGGGGUGGAAUAGUCUAGAAAGAUCAUACUAGCGGAGAAGAGACAUAGUAGAAGAUCCAUGGCAAAUGUUUGGGACUAAGCAUACAAAUUGGCAAUCAUUUUGUCAUGUAUAGAAGCUCAUUAACUCACAUGCUCUAAUCAGAUAUACAUAUCCCACUGCAGUUACUAUACAUUAUUAAGAACUUGCAUGUGGAUUAAGGUGAUGUUAAAACACACUUAUAUUAACCAAAGCAAGAUGUUUCUUAUCAGUAACUGAACAAAGACACCAAGACUAUCCAAGCAUAUUUCCACAGAGUAAAUAAAUAAAACUGAGUGAAACUGAAAAUUGUAUCAUAUAAUUACAUAAUUUGAAGGUGGCCCCAUAGAGGACAUACAAACUAAUUCCAGUUUUUUCUGAAAUUUUUGAAGGUCCUUGCUUAAUCUGUGGCCAUUAAUGCUUAACCAUUAGUGAUUAACGGUGUAAAUAAGAAACAUCAAUUUGAAGUGGUUAUGUUUUGGUCUGUAGUGGCGCUUCAUGGUACCACUUUUGAUUAGUGCCAUGGACAUGGUCUGAUGCCAUUGUCAACAUUUCUUUCUUUUUUUGAACGUCAUGUUGUCAGUUCACUAAUCAGACCAGAAACGGUUAAUAAAAUAAAAUAAACUGUGAA